GAGGAAGAUAAAGCUGGAAACUGGACUUAUCUGGUCACAGAUUCUUCUUCCAGUUCCAGUUCUUGUGUGCUUGGGUCCAACGACGCUGGGCUAACCGCUGUCUCUCAUUGGUCAGAGGCUUCUUGACAGCCUUGUAGGACUUGGGAUUACCGGAUCACUGGCCCCAGAGCACCAAAGGAAGAAGUAAAGACUGCUUUGUUAAUCUCAGAUUGUUUAGAUGCUGGUAAAUCAGGAUGGAGGAUUUCAGACGGACAUACCUGCGCCUGUGUAAGGAGGGAGGCUUGGAGCCUCAGGAGAGUGUCGCAGCUAAGCUCCAGGAGAGCAUGACUUCUCAGGACUCCAGGCUAGACCUAAGUGGUCAGAGCCUGUCUGUAGAUACCUGCUCUGUGCUGGCCAGGGUCUUCCAGAAAGACACUAUCUUUACAGAGGUCUUGCUCAGUGACUGCAUGCUCAGCGAGGAAGGUGCCAAAGUACUACUGACUGGACUGUUUGGCAACAAAAGUGUAAAAGUCCUGGAUCUGAAGGGAAAUAACCUGAGAUCAACAGGGACUGAGGUGCUGGGGAAGUUGUUGGCUUGUAACAAGACUCUGCGUAGGCUGGUAUUGGAGUGGAAUGCACUGGGUGUGUGGGAUGAAGCUUUCUCGUUCUUUUGCGACGGUUUGGCCUCCAACAGUGUUCUGACACAGCUGGACCUGCGCAACAACCAAAUCAACCACCAUGGAGCUUCUGAGCUCGCUCUGGCAAUCAAACGCAACAGCACCCUAGAAGUGCUAGAUCUAAGGUGGAACAACAUUGGUCUGCUGGGUGGCAGGUCCUUGCUAGAGGCUCUGCCGAAGAUCAGUAGCAUAGUGCAACUGGAGUUGGCAGGAAAUAAUAUACCGAGUGACACACUAAAAGCACUUGAGCAGGCCAUAGGGCACAACUCAGACAGGCAGUCCACCCUGAGGGAGAGUCACAGCCGGACCCAGGUCCUCAGCAAGGAGAUUCGAACACUGAAGGAGGAGAAGGGCCGACAGUUCCUAAGCCUGAUGGAAACCAUAGACAGGCAGAAGGAGGAGUUGGGACGCUCCAAUAGGUCAACAUCCAUGCAAAUUGGUCAACUACAGGAAGCUCUGAAUGAGAGAAAGUCAGCUGUCAACUCUCUCACCGCCAAGUUGCAGAUGACAGAAGCUGCUCUCGCCUUGUCUGAACAGAAAAACCACAACAUGGGAGAAUUACUCUCUCGAGUGAAGGCUGAGAAAGAAGAACAAAAGGAACGACAGAGCAGAGAGAGGAAGAAGGACAAAGAGGACAAUGCACUCAGAGAAGGAAAACUCCUCCGAGAGAUCCAAAACCUGACAGAAACCAAUGACCAGCUCAGGAAUAAAGUGGAGGAGUUGGAGCGCAGAUGUAAGUGUCAGCAGCAGCAGAUCUUUGAACUAAAGCAGGAGCUGACAAACAGAACAGCUGAGCUCAAGCUGCGACUAGCACAGGCAGAAGACUGCGUGGAAAUAGAAAAGCGAAGGUCCAAGCAAGUCUUGGAGGACAUGGACUGUCUCCACCAGAAAGAGGUGGAGCAUGUCAAUCGUCAUCUAGAAGAGAUCGAGAAAGCUCUGCAGGAGCGCAUCUUCAAACUGGAAGGACAGCGGAUAAAUCUGGAAGAGGAGCUGAGCAAAGCUAAAGCAGCAUGUGUGACGGAGAGGGCCCAGGCAGAGGACGAGCUGAGAAGAGUACGAGCUCAAGCACGUCUGGAAGAGCAGGAAUAUGUGUCAUCUAUGGAGGAGAAGCUCCAUGCAGUGCGUUCCUCCCUCCAGGAGGUCCAGCUUCACUGCUCUCAGCAAAAACAGACCACCUCUGAGCUACAGGCCAAGAACAGCCAGCAGAGUAUUGAGAUGGACGGACUGCGGCGCAGAAUAGAAGAGCUCCAGCAGGAGCUGUCUGGUAAAGACCAGGAGAAGGUGGCAGAGGUGAGCCAGGUGAGGGUGGAGCUGCAGGAGCAGAUUGGACAUUUACAGGCAGAGAGGACGGCACAGGCAGGACUGAAAGAAAAGAUCAGUGCUCUAGAGAGGGAGAUUAAAGUACUUAGUAGUAACCACAGAGAGGCGCUCCUCGACAAGGAGAGUGAGAUGUCUUCCAUGUUGGAGAAGCUGCGGCUGAAGGAGGCGGAGAUCCAAAGGAUGAGGGAGGACGAGGCCCACAGAGCAAGCUACCUGCAGAGUGCUGUCCUCGCGUAUGUUCAAGGCUCCCCUCUAGGACAUUACAGCAGCCCCAAGAAAUGACCCAGACACAGGUCAGAACAGCCCACUGGAUAAGACAUGGAAAGAAAAUCUGGAUUCAAUCCCUUACUUUCCUGCUUUUUCAAACAGAAUAAUGGGCAGAUGGUUAUCGCUGGGCAAUAUGGCUAUGAGCAAUAAUCAGACCUAGCUCAGUUACAAAGGUUGACAAUAUCUAGAAGUUCAGUCAUUAGUGCUUGUGUGGUUUAAACUGUAUCUUUCUUGUUUCUGUUUUAUUGGUAUGUUGCCUUAAUGCCUUGCCUUUAAUCCCAACACAUGAGCUGUAUCUAGUAUCUGUAUCUGUAAAGAAAAUGGCACUCAUCUUCACGUUUGCAUUUUUAAAAUAGUUGGGACGCUGUAAAAUGUUAAUAAAAACAGAAUGACUGAUUUCUAAAUAUAUUUUUUAAAUUCAAAAGUACACAAGUACCACAGCAUCAUCUCAGCUGCUCAACAGUCAGGGUCUACUUCAUCAUAUUCUUUGAUUCAUACGUUCUCAGAGGGGACUGAUAUCGACUGCAGCAGGCUUGCUUAGCAGACAGACUCGUUUACCAUGGAGCCAUGCUGUUAGCUUUGGAUUUAUGUCAAAUGUUAUGUUUGAUAAAAUAAAGCACCAAUACUUACUACCAAUACUUACUACCACUGGUGUGAUAUGAGAUCUAAACAACCAAGAGUUGUACAGGUUGCACAAGACUUUCAGCCUGUUGAUUCCUGGAGGGCACAGACACUCUUGUAGUCACUCUUGUAGUUUAAAUCUGCUCUCAACAUUGACUUCUGCUCUCAUGUCACUUGAAUGGCAGCAUUAAUUGUUCUAAAACCUGCAUACCCACGGCAUCAACACAAAUGCACCCCCAUCACAGAUUGUGGCCUUUGAACUGUGCAUUGAUAAUAAGCCGGGUUGUCCCACUAACUCUUUGGCCCAGAAGCUGGAAGUGUCCAUCAUUUGCGAAUGAUCAGCAAAAGCAAUGUAUGCAUUGGAUUCAGACAACGUGUAUGGUACUUUGCAGGGCAACAUCAGUCUCUUUUAUUACCCAAUCAUGUUGCCAAUAAACAUAAUUACUUAUGAGAUGUUCCACCAGAUGUUUAAUUUUAGCAUUAUCCAACUUUUCCAGUUUUGUGUUGCCUUUGUCCAAAUGCUUUUGAAACAUGUUGAUGCAUAGGGUCAAACUUAAAUUGAGGUUGUUAUAUCGUCCUUGAACUGUUUUCAGUUAGAGUUAUAUCAUUUCCAUGUCAUUGUACUCUGUUUUUAAUUUAUAUUUUACCCACUGUCCACUUUUUACAAAAACUCAGUUGUAACUUAGUUUGGUUCAAAGUCACUUUUUGCUGGUAUUGGUGAUUGUUUUUUUUAAGAGUGUGUUUUAUUACAGUUUGAUUCUUAAUUCCAUUGUUUGUCCAUCAUCUCGGUAACAGCUGGGAACACGUCACUGUAAAAAUAUCCAUUAUCUCUAUUACCACUUAUUUAAUAGGAAGGCCAUCAGUUAAUGCCUUUGGGCUGUGGGAGGAAGCCAGAGGAUCUGGAGAAAAUCCACGCAGGCACAGCAAGGACAUGGUGGACAGGUUCAAGCUCAAAUCCUUUUUCUGAGAGGCAGCCAUUCUAACCACUGUACCACCAGCCCAGCACAAAAAGAUAAUAUUAUUUAGGGUAAUCAUUUUAUUUUUGCAGUGCAGUAGCGUGGGAUUCUUCCAUAUUGCCGAUUCUCUGACAUCUGCAGCUAAGUAAGAUAUUCUGCAAACUGUGUAAUGUUAUUUUGCCGUAUUGUGGAAUUGACAGAGAUUGUACAAGAGCUGUUUUACAAGUAGGAAUACAAGUCCGCAGUAUCAGACUUCAGACUAGUAUCACUGCGGUUUCCAUUGUCUGAGGAAAGAAACAGUCAACUAAUCAGAUAAAUAAUGAGAACAUCAUCUGCCUACAUUGCUAUCUAGUUUAGUUUAGUUUAGUUUAGUUUAGUUUAGUUUAGUUUAGUUUAGUGAAAAACAGUGGCAAACUACUUGCAGACAUGCAUGACAUCUGCUGGGGAAAUUCGCAGUCCUGGGAGGACUCGUUUCACACAUCAUAUCUUGUAGUCUAUUGGUGAUUUGUUCCAUAUUUUUGCAAAUGAAUCCACUUGAGGCAGAACAACUUGAUAAACAACUGUAUUCUGGUGUUUUGCAUGUGCUUGGAUCGUUGCCAAAGAAUUUCUAUUCUUAUGUCAUCUGUUAAGAUAAAAUGCACGGUAGUUGACAUUUCGUACUGUCUAGCCCUAUUCUACAAAAGCUGUUGUUCUCCUCCUGUCUAAACAAAUGUAAGGCAGUGAAGGAUUGUUUGAGCAUUUCUUACAGAAAGCUCUGGUUCAAAUAUGCAUUAAUAUUGUAUCUGACAAACCAGACCUGUCUCCACUACUUACACAAAGCAGGGAACCGUUACAAUGAUGCUUUUACAAAUAAUAUUUUACAGCCUAAAUGAAUUCUUAAUGCAGUCUUUUAUAACGCAAACUACAAUUUUCUUAUGAUGAGUAUUUGUGAUUCAGACUAUGUUUUUAUUCUCUGUGUUUUCAUCCAGUAAAAUCUUGUAUUUUCUGAAAUAAAUGUCUGAUUAUUUUUCUUAA